GGGUGCUGGCCGGAGGAGGUUCCUAGCUGGAGGGUCUCGCCCCUCUGCUCAGGGCCAGACGGAUCACCAGAUUGGCGUCAGGAAGGAAUUUUUCCCCCUGGUCAGACUGGUCCAGACUGGGGGGGUGCUUUUUCCGUCCUCUCUGGCAGAGCUGCCUGGCAUCUCUUGAGUGCAAACUGACAGCACCAGGCAGGUCGGGCGAGGAGGGCUGUGCCGUGUCAGCCUGGCUCGGAGCAGCGGCUCGCGGGUGCGGGUGCGGGGAGGCUGACACCGGGCUCGGGCCUCUCCCGCUCCUGCCAGGCGCAGGCUCCCUCCUCGCCCCCGCCGCCGCGCUGCUUCUUGCCGGCAGCGGUCGCUGCAGCCGGGUUUCCCGGGGAAGGAAACGCCGCGGACUCGCGCCCGGGCCCGAUGGAGCGGGCGGCGGGGGCGGGCGCUGCACCUGCCCCUGCCCGGCACGGCUGCGUCUACACCAGCUGCUACUGUGAAGAAAAUGUUUGGAAGCUUUGUGAAUACAUCCAAAGCCAGGAUCAGUAUCCAUUAGAAGAAUUUUAUGUUAUUUUCAUAUCCAACGACAGAAAGAUGAUACCACUUUGGAAGCAGAGAUCAGGAUGUGGAGAUAAACCUGUAGUUUGGGAUUACCAUGUUAUUUUACUUCAUGAUUCCAGUGGAGACCAAAACUUCAUUUAUGACCUUGACACAGCGUUGCCAUUUCCAUGUCUGUUUGAUACUUACAUUGAAGAGGCUUUUAAAUCAGACGAUGAUAUUUAUCCGGAAUAUCGCAGAAAAAUCAGGGCAGUUCGAGCGGAUGUUUAUCUGAAGACGUUUGCUUCUGACCGCUCUCACAUGAAAGACAGCAGCGGAAAGUGGCUGAAGCCUCCUCCCUCUUACCCUUGCAUUGAAACGGCAGGCCUUGUCUGGCCCACCCUGAACUUGCAAUAGAAUCCAGUCAGCACAGCCAGAACACGCCAACUCUGGACAUCUUGGCUGCUUCUUUCUCCACCUGAGCUGCAAGGUGGUCACUCAGGAUGGCCAAACAUAUGUCCAAAACCAACUGGAACCUGAAGUGGAAAGAGGUGGGGUGUAGGGGAGGAGGAGUCCCACAGAAGACCCCAUCAGCGACCGAUGCCAGCAUCAGCCAGCUCUCUUUAAGCAGGUGCUACGUCUUUCUGCCUCUUCUCAACUACAUCAAGUUAUGGCAGGUGACAAAACAGAGCGAGACGUCUCUUGAACGUGCAGUGCAGUCCCCAUCACGGUGUAGCUGCUUAGCUUGGGUUCCUCUACACUGAGAAAGGGCACUUAACGUUCGAAAGCUUGUCCAACAGCCCUCCCAACUACAUGGUUGGUCCAGUAAAAGAUAUCAUUAAAAAAUUCUUGACUCUCAUACACUUCCUGGAUCAUGCCUGCUACAACAAUACUCCAGCAUACUCUAAGGAUCAUGUUAAUGAAUCUGAAUGCUUCCCAUUUUUUUGUUAGAAAAAAUAAUGGAACAGAUUCUGAUGUUUUUAUAUUUAUAUUUGGUAUCAUAUCUCUUCCAUAAUAAUAUCAUAUGGAUUACACCCAUCACCUUCAUUUAUGGAGUAAGGUUUGACAUGACAUGAGUAAGCACAGCUCAAGUUGGCGUCACAUGACAACAAACUCUCUCAUGAUAUGACAAACUAUCACAUGAUUUCUUUUUCCUCUCUGCUUCCUUUUAUUCUUUCUCUCUUAUUCUUUCUUCUUCCUCCUUGUUUUCUUUUAUUGGCUGAAUAUGUUGUUUACUGAAUAUUUAUAUAACUGAAAUUAUUCUGGACCCCAGAGAAGACGCUCUGUAGUCUUUUAGAGUGCAUUUGUCCUAUCAUUAUAUUUCUGCAAACUUGUAAACAAUGAGAGUUGAUUUUGUAAAUGGUGGUUUCUCAGAGAGCCAGCAGGGAGAGCAGUUACCAUUCAAUAAACCAUGCAGCCAGAUGCUCCUUCCUUCCCCCAUUUUUUUCCAGUAACUGUUAAACUUGUUUAAUUCUGCAAGACAGCUGGCAUGAGCUCUAACUUACAUCUCUGUAACUAAAGGGUUAUGUUCUGCCUUUGACUGUUUCAACAUAUCUCAUUAACAUCAGCGUGAGUUGUUCUUAUGCCUCCAGAAGAGUCAAGGCAGCAUUUUCAAACUCUGUAGUUAGCACCUGAACAAGUAACCUGAUUUUUGUUAUCUGUUUAUAUACAUAGUAAAGUUAUUAUAUUGGC